UACUUCUUUCACAAUUUCAUCUUCAACAACAUCUUCCAAUUUCAUCUACACCAACUCCCCAACAAUAUGUCUUUACUCACAAUGGGCGAAGCACACAGAGGAACAGUUGCAAACAUCGCAACAUACGAUGUAUCAAGGUUUCGAACUCGAGUCCACGAAUUUGUCCCAAUGGACCCGAUGAUUCAACCUUAUGUUGAACUCGCCGGUUUUGGUCAGAUUAGCAAGAUUAUGUCUUGGUCUAUAGAUAACAAGUUCAUUCUAGCCUUAUGCGAAAGAUGGAGGCCAGAGACACACACAUUUUGGUUUCCAACCGGUGAGUGUACCGUGACGUUGGAAGACGUCUACAUGCUUUUAGGACUACGAAUUGAAGGCAAAGCUGUUAAUGGUAAGACCAACUAUGCAAAUUCAAUUUGCAUGGAGCUUUUAGAAACUGAUUUGUUAGAUGAUAAUGCUAGAGGUCAAGGUAUACUACUCUCACUCCUAAAGUCAUAUUAUAAUAGUUUAUAUUUAGAUGAGCAUUCUACCGAAGAUGCUCGAAUAAUAAAAACUAGGUGUUACAUUAUAUUGUUACUAGGAUCCUUUUUAUUUCCCGAAGGUAGUGGUUCUAGCAUGCAUAUUAUGUACUUACCUCUACUUAGACAUGUAGAUAGAAUAGGUAGUUACAGUUGGGGAUCCGCAUGUCUAGCCUAUCUCUAUAGUUCGUUGUGCAAAAACUCCCACAAAGACACAUCUACAUUUUCUGGAUGUGCUGUUUUGCUACAAGCAUGGGGAUGGUCAAGACUACCAUCUCUAGCACCGGUCAAUAACAACCCUUUCACUUUUCCAUAUGCAAAAAAGUAAGUUGUUUAAAUUGCUAUAUCUUUACUUACUUCCUUACAGUUUAGUACCUAUAACUAAUUUAUUUUAACUUUUUGGUGUAGAUGGUCGGCACGUGGUA